CCCAAUAAUAUAACCUUAUAUGUAAUGUAUAUGUCGUGUCUUGGUUUCUAAUUUGUUUUUGCCCCUCCUCCUACGCGGUGCUGUCCCAGGGAGGGCGUUUUGCCAGUGGUUCUGCCCUAAUGUGACGCUAGAGUCCGGCAAGCGGGAGGCGAGGAGUCCGGUGUUGUUCUGGAGCGCUUUAAAACAAAAAUAACGUCUGUGUGAAACACGGUGUGCUGUAAGGUGUGACAGUCUGAUCUGGUCCUACGACUGCCCAACACAACUGGCUGACCUAGAGCCCUCCGUGCAGUAACACUCUACAGGCCAGAGGCUAGCUAGGGCACAACAACACAGAGUGCGAUCCUCUCCACACUACUUAGUGUGCAUCUGUAUGUGACUGAGAGGGAGAUACUGAGUACCCGUGUGUGACUGUACUGUAUUUGAGGAUAUUCUCCCAGAGGACCCAGUCCUUCCCUACGUCGUCAUCAAGAUGAACGUGACGUCGCUAUUCUCCUUCACCAGCCCGGCGGUGAAGAGGCUGCUGGGAUGGAAACAGGGGGAUGAGGAGGAGAAGUGGGCGGAGAAGGCAGUGGACGCCCUAGUGAAGAAACUGAAGAAGAGGAAGGGAACGAUGGAGGAGCUGGAGAAGGCUCUCAGCUGUCCCGGACAGCCCAGUAAGUGUGUGACCAUCCCUCGGUCGUUGGACGGUCGUCUCCAGGUAUCCCAUCGUAAAGGUCUCCCCCACGUCAUCUACUGCAGAGUGUGGAGGUGGCCCGACCUACAGUCUCAUCACGAACUCAAGGCCUUGGAGUGCUGCCAAUUCCCCUUCACGGCCAAACACAAAGAUGUCUGUAUCAACCCCUACCACUAUAAGAGAGUGGACAGUCCUAUGCUGCCCCCUGUCCUGGUCCCUAGGAACAGCGACCUCACAGCGAGGCCGGGGAUGCAGCCCCGUUACCAUGGCGCCAUCGACCAGAACGAGCCUCUCAUGCCCCACAACGCCACUUUCCCAGAAUCCUUCCCUCCAGGCGGGGGCGGCAACGGAGGGUUGGCGUUCCCUUGUUCCCCUGGCAACAGCUUCCCCAGUUCGCCUGGCAGUGGGUCCAGCAGUAUCUCCGCGUUCCCCCACUCCCCACUUAGCUCCGACCCAGACAGCCCCUUCCAUGUCCCGGCUGACACCCCGCCCCCAGCCUACAUGCCUCCAGAUGAUUAUCUGAUUCAGGACUGCUCCCAGCCAAUGGAAACCAACCUCCUCGCCAUGCCAACCGGCCUAGAUACCAACAACAGGCCAGAUGUUCAGCCAGUAGCCUACGAGGAACCAAAACACUGGUGUUCUAUAGUGUACUAUGAGCUGAAUAACCGCGUGGGAGAGGCGUACCUGGCGUCAGACUCCAGUGUUCUGGUCGACGGCUUCACCGACCCGUCCAAUAACCGCAACCGCUUCUGCCUCGGCCUGCUGUCUAACGUCAACCGCAACUCGACCAUAGAGAACACACGCAGGCACAUCGGCAAAGGUGUCCAUCUCUACUACGUAGGAGGUGAGGUGUAUGCCGAGUGUCUGAGUGACACCAGUAUCUUCGUUCAGAGUCGUAACUGUAACUAUCAUCACGGUUUCCACCCCACCACGGUGUGUAAGAUCCCUAGUGGCUGCAGUCUGAAGAUCUUUAACAACCAGGAAUUUGCCCAGCUACUGGCCCAGUCAGUGAACCACGGCUUUGAGGCUGUUUACGAGCUCACCAAGAUGUGUACCAUACGCAUGAGCUUCGUCAAGGGUUGGGGUGCAGAGUACCACCGCCAGGACGUGACCAGCACCCCCUGCUGGAUAGAAGUGCACCUGCACGGCCCUCUACAGUGGCUGGACAAAGUCCUCACACAGAUGGGCUCUCCCCAUAACGCCAUAUCCUCCGUGUCCUAACACACACACACACACACACACACACACACACACACACACACACACACACAUAGCCUCUCGACGCCACAUGUUCAAAUGUUAUUUUUGUAACUUCUUUUUUUAUUUUUAAAAAAUCUGCUGAGAGAGAAAAAAAACACAACACAACGUUAUUCAUCAUCCCAUAUUACAAUAUCUGUCUUGACUGGAGUAGCCCAGAGAAUCAGCUAUGGAUAGCUAGGCUAAUUGAGGCCACAUGCUGCAAUUUCUCCCCAACCCCAUUCAGAUGAGAAAACAUCAGCCUACCUAUCGGUUACUCCAACCCCAUUUUUGCUAACUUUGAGUUCCCAUAUGGUAUUCCAUCUUGCAUUAGUGAACUCACUCCACUUGCGUCACAUUGAGCCUCUUUGAUUGGCCAACAUAACAACAAGCUACACAGUAAAGGCUACCGGUCUUUUUUACGGUACCACAUUAUAAAAACUAUCUUGAAAAGUCAGUGAAUUAUCUGAUAUUUCAUGGUAAAUCCUUGUAUGUAACAAUGUCACAUGGGUAAUUUAAUUUACCAUGACCAAGCUGGACAAUCAGGACUAAGGGAUUAUCUGGCCUCAAUUGGGACCGAGACAUCUGUGAUCGGCUAGCACUGCCUGGCCUCAAUCAGGACCGAGACAUCAUCUGUGAUCGGCUAGCACUGCCUGGCCUCAAUCAGGACCGAGACAUCAUCUGUGAUCGGCUAGCACUGCCUGGCCUCAAUCAGGACCGAGACAUCAUCUGUGAUCGGCUAGCACUGCCUGGCCAGCCAGGACAAUCGUGGAAUCUUUUCUUAAUUGGAUUUGCUCAACUCCUACGUCCUCUCGCCUCCUUUUGUAAAAGGUCAAAGGGUAAUCAAGAGGCGUCGAGGAGAGGGAACAUGGGACGAAAAUGCGCUUGUAUGAAAUGAGACUCCUAGUCCACUCGCAUGUCAUCAGGCAAAUGACUUGGAUCCCAAUUAAAACAUGUAAAGUGAUCAGAACAAAUGAUGCUCAUUGUGAAGUACAUGUUCUAGAUAAAACUAUAAGUAGUAUAUGGUUUUUAAACAGAUGCAUGUUUUUCUCUUGUGACAAAACAAAAGCUGAUUCAAGGGGGGAUUGAUUUCAAAACUCUUCUGUGAAGGGCGUUGGUAGGGCGUGACUGUCCUCGAUGAAAGGUGGCUAUCGAGGAGGGGAGGGACGGUCUUCCGCCUGCUAACGAAUUGCCAUCUCCUUGACUACCUAUUGGUUUCUGGGUCACGGAGGAGAGAGGCUGGAGGAUGGACUUUUGCCCAAAUGAGAAAAGGCCCUUUCCACUUGUUCCCUUUUAUAGUGCACUACUUUAACCCCAAUGGACCCUGGUUAAUAGUAGUGGACUAUAAAUGUAAGAAGGGUAUCAUUUGGUUGUUGUGUCACUACAGUAGUAUAUGUUUGUAUCCCAAAUGGCCCCCUAUUCCCUACAUAGUGCACUACUUUAGACCAGGACCUACAGGGCACCCUAUUCCCUACAUAUUCCCUAAUAUAGUGCAGUGUCUUGGACCAGGGUAGGGCACGAUGUUAGGAAAUAGGGGGCCAUAGUAGAAGGUGAAACUUUGAUAUUUUUGAUGUAUUAAGAUGCAUCUGUAUGUUUUUAUUCAUCAGCUACGACUACUAGUCAAUGUAUAUCCCAAAUGGCCCCCUAUUCCCUACAUAGUACACUACUAGUCAAUGUCUAUCCCAAAUGGCCCCCUAUUCCCUACAUAGUACACUACUAGUCAAUGUAUAUCCCAAAUGGCCC